AUGAAAAUAUUGUGGUGGAAUGCACCUUACAAUCAAAUACUCCAUCUGUCGUUAGUUUUUGCUGUCGUACCAUGGCUGUAUAGCUAUUUUAACGAACAACAUCGAAAACAGUCAUAUUCAGUGGAGCAGGCUGUAAUGUUGGCAUGGGAUAGAGUGAUUACUCAACCGACGAUGCUUUUCCGGCGGGUAGUGAUCGGGAUUAACUGCAACGUUGAUGUAGUUGUUACCGGAACAAGUCUAUUAGAACGCUUAAAUGGUACUUCCGUUUAUCGCAAGGACCAUGAAGUGAUCAACAAUGUUAACGAUUUGUAUGAAUCUUUCGCUUACUUCUUCUCGCGAGGGGCUGCUGCCGAAAGACAUGUAUCAGAUCCGAAAAUUUUUCAAACACUUGUACAGUUCGCCAGUGAGCCUCGUCAUCGACCUCAUCAUUACAUCGGUGGGAAUGCGGCUUUAAUGGCCCAGAAGAUAGCUUCUUUCCCAAAAACUACUGCAUACUUGGUUGGGCCUAUUGGACCUCGAAGCCAGGUCUUACUUCAUCCAUCGAUAGUUCGUACGAAUUCGACUCGCAUUGUAAAGGAUGAGGUACAUAUCAUUAUAGAAUACAAACAAGGUGAAAUUCUUGACGAAUAUGUAGCACCAGCUUCAUCACGUUUCAUCACUUCGCACGAUCAAUAUAGUGGCAGUGCUGUUGUGAUUGAAAUGUUUUUCAAAGCAAUAAGUCAGUUUAAUCCUGAUCUGGUCAUUUUAGCUGGUGUUCACCUUCUACAAAAUCAGAACAAGGAAAUGCAAAUGGAGAAGCUUCGCUUAAUUAAACGAAGUUUAUUGCAAGUAAAACACAAUAUCCCUAUUCAUUUCCAACUCGGAAAUAUGGGUAAUCCUGACCACGUUUUUGAAGUGCUUCAUAAAAUCGUACCUCACGUUGAUUCGUUGGGUUUGAAUGAACAGGAGUUAGCAUUUUUCUCUCAUGUUGCCAGUGGGCCGUAUACAGAUCUUUAUCCUGUUUUUCCUGGUGCAAUACAUGUACACAAGGUAGUCGAAAUGUUGUACUGGUUGUUAUCGAAAUUCGGACAUGAUAGUAGUAAUCCGGAAUCGAGAAAUUAUCACUAUAGGCUGUCCAGAAUACACUUCCAUUCCUUAACUUUUCACCUGAUGGUUUAUAAAGGGGCAGAAUGGUCAAAUUUGGCUUCUGGUCUGGCAGCAGGUGCUAAGGUUGCAGCUCAUCAUUCCUGUAAAAUUAGUAACGAUUUGAAUACGGAUAAUUUGGAAUUGAGAAUAUCAAAGGCUCAUUUGCUUGACAAAGAAGUCGGGAAGCAAUAUGUCUUCGAACCGCAGAGGCCCAUAGCUUCAUGGAUGCGUAAUGACGUAAUAUUUAUGUAUACUCCCGCGCUGAUAUGCAAAUUCCCAACCAGAACAGUUGGUACUGAUGAUGCUGUUUCAGCCACUGGACUUAUAUUCUCACAAUUUUAUCGCUUUUCUUCUUAG